AUGGCAAAGAUCAAUGUUGUGGCUAAUUGUGAAGUUCCAGGCUACGAGAAAUUUAGAGAAAGUAGGGUUCAACGUAGGGCUGAAUUGACUCAACUCUUUGGGUCUGUAGCUGUAACUAGACCACAGUCAUGGGCACCUUCUUCCAUGACACUUCCAAGUGAAGGAGUUCCUGCAGAUGAUAUGGAAGAAGGGUCUGGAGAUAGUGAGGAAAUUUUGGGGGCACCAACUGGCAUAAGUGGGGAGUUUAAUUCGGUCACAUUCAAUGAUAAUAGUGGAGAAAGUGGAGGCAAUGCUAGGAUGAGACAAGAAGCCAUUAGUGGUGGUAGAAGCACAGGUGGCGGUUGA